UUCAACAUUCUUGUUGCUGAUCAACAGUAAACAACCUAACGAAUAAGUGCAGUAAAAUCUGUCUAAAACUCUAAAAGUUUAAAGUACCAUUGCAUUCUUUCAAAAUGUUUGACGUUGCUUUAUCUUCGGCUGGAGCACAUAUAGCUCUAGCAACUUCUAGUGAUGACAAGCAUCCACCAGAAAAUAUUAUUGACGGAAAUUCUGAAACCUUCUGGUCUACAACUGGCAUGUUUCCACAAGAAGUUGUUAUACGCUUUCAGACGUUAAUGAAAAUUACAAAUAUUCAUGUUCUUUCUUACAAUAUUAAAAAACUUCGACUUGAAGCAUCUGAAAAUGAAGACUACAGUAAAUAUGACACCAUAGCUGAAAAAAAAUUUGAUGAAACAGAUUCGCAGUUACAACAGGAAGAGAUCCAGAUAGGUGAAAAAACAGCCAUGUGCCUCAGGCUUGUCGUUGAGUCAGGCUAUGAUCAUUUUAUCUGUAUCAACAAAGUUGUGGUCAGUGGACAAGCUGUUCAUUGAAAGACUUGACCUUUUUUCCUUUCAUUCCUCAUACAUUUUGCUUGUACAUAACUCCUGCUGUAUUGUUAUUUAUGUUCCACUUUGGCACUGUAGAUAUUAAAACGUGAUACAUGACAUUGC